AUGAUUGCAGCCUUUGGGGAGCUGCCGCCUGUAUAUGCCAAACCACGUAAUCAACCACGGCCUCCAUACCCUGUAAAUUCAUUUAUGCCUCAACCAUCUGGUUAUCCUUAUCCUCAAGUAAGUCCUCAACCUGGAUAUCCAACAACUACUCCAUAUCCAACAACAUCAAAUGUACCAUAUCCUAAUUAUGGGACUCCAUACCCUGGUCCAAUUGGUACAAAUGGUACACCUUAUCCUGCAGCCACUCCUUAUCCUCCUACUACAAGUUAUGGACCUGUUUCUGAUGCAGCAGGCGGUACAAUCACAGAAGAGCAUAUAAAAGCUUCACUAUUAUCAGCAGUUACUGAUAAAUUGCGAAGGAAAUUAAAAGAACAGUCUCAACAAUCUCAAGCAGAGCUGGAAACAUUAAGAAGAACACAACAGGAAUUAUGUGAAGGUAAAACUCGCCUUGAAGACAUCUUCACAAGGUUACAAAGAGAAAAGGCCACAUUAGAAAAGAACUUAAGCAUACUGCAAGAGAAAGAAAAGGAAUUAGAAGCUGCCGUUGAACGACUUGCAGAACAGGAUGGGGUUGAAGCUGAUGAAGCUGUUGUUACUACAGCACCUUUAUAUUCGCAGCUUUUAAAUGCUUUUGCUGAAGAGGCUACUUUAGAAGAUGCUAUAUAUUACAUGGGUGAGGCAUUGCGAAAGGAAGUGAUAGAUUUGGACACAUUUUUGAAGCAAGUACGUACAUUAGCAAGGCGACAAUUUACUUUACGAGCUCUUAUGCACAAAUGUCGACAAAAGGCGCAACUAGCUUGC